CUACAGCAUGGUGUGUCUGUGGCUCCCCAGAGGCCCCUGUGUGGCAGCUGUGAUGGUGACGCUGACGGUGCUGAGCCCUCCCGUGGCUUUGGUUAGGAACCAUCAAGCACAUUUUCUGUUGCAGCUGAAGGCUGAGUGCCAUUACGUCACUGGGAGGGAGCAUCUGUGGAGUGUGACCAGAUUCAUCUAUAACCAGGAAGAGUUUGCCCGCUUUGAUAGUAACAUUGGCAAGUUCCUGGCAGUGACUGAGCUGGGGCGGGCCAUAGCCGAGGACUUGAAUAGCCAGAAGGAAGUCCUGGACAAUUACCGGGCCUCGGUGGACAGGUGCAGAAACAACUACGACCUUGUUGACAUCUUCCUGCUGAGGCUAAAAGUUGAGCCCAAGGUGUCUGUGUACCCUGCAAAGACGCAGCCCCUGGACCACCACAACCUCCUGGUCUGCUCUGUGAAUGGCUUCUACCCUGGCCGCGUUGAAGUCAGAUGGUUCCGGAACGACCAGGAGGAGAAGACUGGGGUGGUGUCCACGGGCCUGAUCCCGGAUGGAGACUGGACCUACCAGAGCCUGGUGAUGCUGGAGACGGUUCCUCAGAGUGGAGAGGUUUACACCUGCCAGGUGGAGCAUCCCAGCCUGAGCAGCCCUGUCACAGUGGAGUGGAGUGAGUGGGAAGUUCCUGACCCUGCGAAUCCCCGCCCACCAGGGAGGGGGCGUGGCUCACCCCUGCCAGUCAGCUCUUCCUGACCCUGUGAAUCCCCGCCCACCAGGGA